ACCGUAUUACCUCUUCUAAAAAGCUAUCUUGAUACGGCUAUCACAAGCACCUCAGUUGAAUUCAUAUAUCUCGCUUUACUUCUCAAGGAUAGGUUUCCUUCAUAUGUUUCGGAUUGUGUAAGCUUUGUUCAAAAAGAUGGCUCCUGCAAAUUCACCGCAAAUGAUCUUACAUUCUUGUUGCUGGUUGUGAAGAAGUGUGACAGUGCAGCAUUGUCACCAUUGCUGAAGGCGCUUCUGGUCUCUUCUCGUGCUUCUGGACAAUUUAGUGAUGUCUACAGCAAUGUGGUUGAGAAGUGGUGCACUUCAGGCGAUGAGUCAAAAGUGCUUGAGAGGAUCUUUGAUACUGCCAAAUUAACGCUUUCUUCAGGAGAUGUAUCCCAUAAAGACGUGCUGGCAGUCUUUUCGCCGUGCUUGCUCAAGAGAAUCGUACAAAUAGCUCGUGGAAAGCAGACCCCUCAGCAACGGAUUUUACGUGGGAAGGUGACUGAAUUCUUUUCUCAAAUGUGUAUCAAGCUUUGUGCACUCAUGAUCGUCUGUCGACGGCUUCAUAGCGAUAUGCUUUGCAGUAUGAGAUUC